CCAAGAGUUGAUUCCAAACCCUGUGCCUCCUAGUUCUUAUAUCAUAUGUCAUAAGAGCACUAGGUUGUGUAAUGGUUUCCAUUCAUCAACUUCAGAAAGUUCGAACAUGGAAAAGCCUGUAGGAAACUCGAGAUGUUCUUCCCCACUUCCAAUGUUUGAUCAUCUCAUUCCGGCAACAAAUACUCAUGACUCCUCAUUGCUUUUCGGAGAAGGUAAGACAACUACUUGUGACAAGGAGGACUUUGAGAACUUCAUGGUCUUCCCUCAUGUCCCAGCAGAAAGUUCUACCGUCAUUCCUGAACAUUCAGCAUAUCCAAAGGGCAGUUUGACUUUAAAAGAGCAGCUGCAGCUACAAUAUCUGACACGAGAGCUUGAGAUCGAAAUGAAUGGGAAUGGAAGUGAAAAUGAAAAUCCUGGCCUUGCGGAAACACAUGAAGUGCCACGAGUUGCUACAGUCCCAGUCAUUCAGUUGGAACAUAACAGAAACUGUCUUUCUUCGGUUGUUAAUCUUGAUGGUUGCAUACAUUCAACGCAUCAACAUCCUGAGGUUGUAGCUGCAAAUAAACAAAGAAUAAGAUGGAUGCCAAAGCUCCAUGAACUUUUCUUAACUGCAGUUGACAAACUUGGCGGACCUGAGAGUGCCACGCCAAAGAAUAUUUUGAAGCUAAUGAAUGUUCCAGGUUUACAUAUCUGUCAUGUUAAGAGCCAUUUGCAGAAGUAUCGACUUGCGAAGAACGUAUCAGAGCUUAAACAUGAUAAAAGAAGUUCCAGAUUUGAAGAAAAGGAAACCUUAACUGAAACCCAUGGUGAUGGGAAUAUAGCCAAAGAAAGGGACACGCAAGUACUAGAGACCUUGCGAAUGCAAGUUGAAGUACAAAAGCUGUUGCAUGAACAGCUUAAGGUGCAAAGGGAACUUCAGUUGCAAAUAGAGAAGCAAGGGCAGUUCUUGAGACAGCUUAUGGAAGAACAAAAGAAAGCUGGCAGCACUUCGACCCCGGCCCAAUGCUUUCCAUCACCUAACAAUACAACGUUAAUUCAUACUGAAAUGCCGCUUCGGUCUUCAUCUGAGGCUGCCUUCUCACAGAAUGGAGCCAAGUCCAUUAGGGACUGUUCUUCAAUCCACUCACCGAAGCGUAAAGCCUCUGAAACUGCUGAAUCAGAGCAAUGUCAAAAGUGGCAUAAAGGAGAAAGCAGCACAAAAACCAGCUCCCCGUGUUGAAUAGGAAUCAAAUAAUUGCCAUUAUACUAAAAAU